AACCCCUGACUCGCAGCUGGACCGCCCCGGCCCGGAGCGCCACAUCCCGAGUGGGGCCCGCUGCGGCAACGCAGCAGCCUGGCCGGCCGGGAGUGGCCUUUCGGGAGCGGCAGGGCGGGCGUCAACAGCAGUCAGGCCUGGCGAGAGGCGAUCUCCAAGGGCUGAGGCAGCGCGUCUCCAAAAGCGUGGGGUCUCUGCUGCCCGCGACUCAGGCGCGUCCCGACUCCGCAAGCGCGGCGGGGAGCAGGCUGCUGUGGUCUCGAGGACUGGGUUGCGGCCCGCCGUGUAGGGGGCGGCCCCAGCCUCUCGACGCCCGGGGCAAGACGCCCACCGCCUGGGGCGCUCUCUGGGCCAGAAAGGAAGACAGAAGAGCCAUGGGCUAACCGUGGCGGCGCUCGCCUGCAGAUUGAAAAGAAAUGCUGAGAAAUACAUAAAGUUUUCCUCUUCUGCCUUGGAUAUUUAUAAUGGGUAUCGGGAAGUCUAAAAUAGACUCUUGCCCUCUUUCUCUCUCUUGGGGUAAAAGGCACAGUGUGGAUACAAGUCCAGGAUAUCAUGAGUCAGAUUCCAAGAAGUCUGAAGACCUAUCCUUGUGUAAUGUUGCUGAGCACAGCAAUAUAACAGAGGGGUCAACAAGAAAGCAGGAGGGAGCUCAAAGCGUGGAAGAGAUGCUUGAAGAAGAAGCUGAAGAAGAGGUGUUCCUCAAAUUUGUGAUAUUGCAUGCAGAAGAUGACACGGAUGAAGCCCUCAGAGUCCAGAAUCUGCUACAAGAUGACUUUGGUAUCAAACCCGGAAUAAUCUUUGCUGAGAUGCCAUGUGGCAGACAGCAUUUACAGAAUUUAGAUGAUGCCGUAAAUGGGUCUGCAUGGACAAUCUUAUUACUGACUGAAAACUUUUUAAGAGAUACCUGGUGUAAUUUCCAGUUCUAUACGUCCCUAAUGAACUCUGUUAACAGGCAGCAUAAAUAUAACUCUGUUAUACCCAUGCGGCCCCUGAACAACCCCCUUCCCCGAGAGAGGACUCCCUUUGCCCUCCAAACCAUCAAUGCCUUAGAGGAAGAAAGUCGUGGCUUUCCUACACAAGUAGAAAGAAUUUUUCAGGAGUCUGUGUAUAAGACACAACAAACUAUAUGGAAAGAGACAAGAAAUAUGGUACAAAGACAAUUUAUUGCCUGAGACGAAACAUAUAACGUGUGGCUGGCUCCUGUUUUGUAAACCAAAUGAUUAAUCUUCACUUGAGAAAGCAGUUUCUAGGAAAUGUUUAAAUAGAAGAGAGUCUUAGUCUUAAAGAAACCUAUGGAGCACAAGAAAGAUAAAUUUCUGCAGGACAAUCUAUAAAAUUGUGGUACUUUUUGAUGUUUCGGUAAACUUGACAUUGUCAGUUUCAAGGACUUUUCUUUCACAAUUUUCCUAGUUCAUGGAUAUGAAAAAGGAAUUCUCAAUCCAUAUUCCUUGUACUGAACCUUGAACAAGAACUUGUAUGACAGACAUUUUUAAAAAUGUGACAACACUUUUAUUCUCUGAAUUUUGAUCUCAAAGGACACAGAAAAAAAAUGGCCCCAGGAGAUUUGGUCACACUUCCUCCUGAGAUGCGUCUCAAGGAUGUUGCAAUAAGCUUUCGGGUACUGUCACCUAGAAAUAUGAAUUGCCAGAAUAGAACAUUUAGCAUAUUGAGUGUUGAUGCAUAUAAAAUCAGAAAUAGAUGUGAGAAUGGUGGAACUUUCUAAAAAGAACCCAGUCAAAUGUAUUUUCUGCUGAAAUCUGCAUAUUCAGAGGCAUUUCCCACCACCGAUUCACAGCCCAUUUGAUAGUGUGGUAGUCAGGGACUUCAUGGAGUGGUGUUCAGACAUCCCCUGGGGCUUAAAGCUCUUCAUAUUAGUCAUCAUCUGUAACUACGGCUUUAUUUGCAGAGCUUCUAAAAGGCGUAUAACUGUGUGAGUGGCCAGAUACUCACUUUUAAAAUCAAUAACCUCUCUUAUGGAAGCUUUAAAGAAGUUUCCCUCACACACAAUCCUCUUCUCAGGAAGUAUUUCUCAUUUAGGUCUUCAAAGUAGCCUGACUGUGUGCAUGUGUGUGUGUAAUGGGUUAUUUGUAAAGACUUUGGAUAGAAGGAGAUGUAUUUUAUUACCUCCUGUUCUAGAGCCCCAUGCUUCUAACAAGCCAGAGAGGCCCCAAACAGGAUUGUUUCUUUUCACCACAGCCCUUCUGCCCAUCUGAGACUGAGGGAGUAUCGUCCACUUGCGAUCAGGGAUGGGGUGGAGAAUGAGUCAUGUCAUGUAAUGAGAAAAGCACUCUUCAGGAUCAUGAGACCUGGUUCUAGUCCAAUCUCUGCCACUGAGGAUGAAUGUAACUGUGGGCAAACUAUUUACCCUCCUUUAUAUGUGAAAUGAAAGGGUUGAAUUGAUGGAUCUCUAAAGGCCUUUGUCCUCUAUGAGGAUGUGAAAAACUAGGAACCACAAAAGGGAACAAGCAAAAAAGUUCGGAUUUGAUAAAGUGAUAUAUAAUAGUUGCAGAAGGCUUUAUAUAUGCUUAAAAUGAAAAUAUCUUUUUUGUAUAUUGACAGCAUAAUUGAUUUUUAGUGCUGUCAUUACACUUUUAAAGUCACAGAAAAAAAUAUACAUGCUUACUCAGGUUUUCUUAAAAAUAAAUGUUUAUAGAGAUCCUUGAGUAAAGACAUUUUGCUUAAUUUCUUUCUUCUUAUCCCCACUUGUAUAUCCCCUACCAGUACUGGGAUCUGCACACAUCUUUCUGCAGUUACCUCUUCAUAGCCAUGAACCAAAGCGUUCUAUGGGGAGCAUGCAAGUAAGUCAAGCCUCCUAUUCUGUUAGCACUUACUAGAGGAGGAGAUUGUUUUCAUUGCAUGGCGACAUUUUCUUAGCCUUAGUGUUCUGAUAGUAGCUGACUACUCACUUCUGUUUUUCAGUUUUCAUAAUAAGUAUUCAUUUUUUUGCCAUAAUGCUUCCUGUAAAGCCAAUUUUAUAUACUAAUAAAACAUGAACUGCCCACUCUUCAUGUCUGCCAAACUUGGGGCAGUUGAUGCUAAAUGGUAUUUUUAAAAUAAAUGUUUUUAUUUACUCUUGA